UGUCCACACCCUCACAUAGGUGGAACCCAUCUAAUUUUUGUACGUAAAGCGUCCACACCCUCGUAGCACAACCCUUGUUAGGCACAUUUCUGUUGCACUUGCACACACAUCCCCAUCCCCCGUCUCUCGCUCUCGCUCUCGCUCUCGCUCUCUAAUGUUCUUCAUCCCUUCCCUCCACUCAAUUCCUCCACUCGUUAAGGUGGGCUGCGAUUUCGUGAUAUUAUCUCUUGAACAGAUUCUGUGAAAAAAAUCUAAGAUGGCUUAUGCUGCUGUAAUAUAUCUCAGUCGGAUUCUGGAGCAGAUGUCAAAUCCUCAUCUACAACAACAUCAGACUCCUCUUCAGGACCAACAAAUUAAAUCUCUCCAAGAAAAGUUGAAUUUCACACUAGAUUUUCUGGAUGAUUCUUUGCAUAGAAGGAGCGAGGAAAUAAAAAUUUUGGAAAGGGAAAUUCGAGAUGCAGCGUGCGAAGCUGCAGAUAUCUUCGAAUCAUAUAUAUCAAAGAAUUUUGGUCAGGAAGGUUUGCAAGAAAGACAAAUUAGAGACCAAACUUUUUGUGAAAAAUUUGAGAUAGUGGCAGCUGAAAUUGAUUCCAUUAAGAGAAAGGCGGCCGAGCUUAAGGUAUUAUGGGGCGCAACAGAUCUGCACCAGAGCCAGAGCACUUCUCUGCCAACCGGUCCAUCGAGACUUGCUUCAAGCGGCAGGAAUGAUAUGGUCGGGUUUCGUGAAGAUGUGAAUCAAAUAAUUGAUCGACUUAUUGGAUAUCCACCUUCCCUUAAAGUCAUCCCAAUUAUUGGCAUGGGAGGGAUUGGCAAGACCACACUAGCUAAAAAUAUUUACAAUGAUCCACAUAUUGAAGAACAUUUUUACACUCGUGCCUGGGUAUCAAUUUCUCAAGAAUAUCGUGAGCGAGAAGUCUUGCUAAGCCUUCUGGAUUCCAUGAAACUCAGUGAUGAAAUGCGUCAACAGAACAGGACUGAAAACUUGAAAGAGUGUCGGACUGAAAACUUGAAAGAGUGUCGGACUGAAAAAUUAAAAGAGCGUCUAUAUAAAAGUUUAAAAGACCAGAGGUAUCUCGUCGUGAUGGAUGACGUUUGGACUACUGAAGCUUGGAAUUCAUUGAGAAGGAUGUUUCCAGACGACAAGAAGGGAAGCCGGAUCAUGUUGACAACACGGGUGUCGAGUGUGAUUGACUCCCCUCGCUCUCCCCAUUGUAUGCAACUUCUAAAUGAGACUGACAGUUGGAAUCUACUUUGUCAGAAGGUGUUUGGGGAAGAUUCUUGCCCUUGUGAACUGGAAGAAGCUGGAAAGGAGAUUGCUGAGAAUUGCGAAGGACUUCCACUUUCCCUUGUAGUGAUUGGCGGCCACCUUUCCAAAGCCAACAGGACAAAAGAUCACUGGGAGUAUGUUGCACAAAAUGUCAAGUCAGUUGUAAAUUCAACAGAUGCAAACUUCUCAGACAUACUAUCUUUAAGUUACGAUUACUUGCCACAUUAUCUCAAAGCGUGCUUUCUCUAUAUGGGAGUUUUUCCAGAAGAUGAUGAAAUCCGCGUGUCCAGACUCAUCAAGUUAUGGGUUGCAGAGGGAUUUCUAAAACCAGUCAGAGGUAAAACAUUAGAAGAAGUGGCAGAGGAAUGUUUGGGAGAUCUAAUUUCCAGAAAUCUUAUUAUGAUUAGUAAGAAGAGUUCUAGAGGAAAGAUAAAAACCUGUAGAAUCCAUGAUAUGUUAAGGGACCUCUGCUUAAAGAAAGCCCAGGAGGAGGAGUUUUUUCAUGUCAGAAAUAAAGAAAACAUUUCUGCCGAAAGCAUGAAGUAUCCACGUCGCCUGUGUACUCAUCCAGAUAUUCUUCACGAGGAAUUCAAAUGUUACCAGUCCAUGGGAUCCUUGCCAACAGUCCGUUCUAUUUUAAUUCCCUGUUUUCUAAAAUUAUCAUAUUCUGAAGGCCGCAUCAUACUCCCUACAGGCCUAGACGAAAGCCAGAUUAAUGAAUUAGUUGAUGGAACACUUUGUCCACUGCUCAGGGUGUUGGAUCUUAAACAAUAUGUACAGGAUUUCUCAUUUGGAGAAAUAAAAUUAGUUCACUCUAGGUACCUUGCUUUCUCCUUCCAAGCGACAGUUUCCAUCCCUAAAAUAUUUCCUGAUUUUCUUGGGAAUCUACAGACCUUAAUUGUAGCUAGUGGCUUUGUACAUCUACCAGAGGAAAUAUGGAGGAUGACACAAUUGAGGCAUCUCCUGUUCUUUUCUUGUUAUUUGCCAUGCCCUACUAGGUCACCAAUAGCUGGGGAGAAUUUUGUUCUGGGAAACCUUUUAACACUUUCGAUAGUGAGUAGUUCCAGCUGCACCAAGGAGGUCUUUGAAAGAGUUCCAAAUCUAAACAAGUUAAGAAUUUCGAAUAAUUCUUACAAAAUGAUUUCUCUAGGUACUCUGGUUAAUCUUCCUCAACUUGAGACCCUGAAAAUCACUAGUUAUGAAGCACGUGUUAGAGUCCCUAUAAAUUUCACUUUCCCACCAAAUAUCAAAAAGUUGACUUUAUGCGGGUGCAAAAUCGCUUGGAAACGCAUGACUAUUGUUGGUUCAAUGCCCAACCUUGAAGUGCUCAAACUGCUAGAUGACAAUAUCUGGCCGCCAAAAUGGGAGCUAACCGAAGGAGAAUUUUCCAAACUAAAAUUUUUGCUACUUAAAUGUUCUUGUCUAGUGCAAUGGAGAGCCAGUGACACUAACUUCAAAAGCCUCGAGUGCCUAAUAAUUAGGGAAUGUUUCGACCUAAAGGAGAUCCCCGGUAGCAUUGGAGAUAUACCAACUCUUCAACUCAUCGAGUUGGACAAUUGUAGCUCUUCAGCUGAGAAUUCGGCAAAGCAAAUACAAGAAGAACAAAAGAAUUUAGGAAAUGAUAUCCUUCAAGUUCGUGUCCUUUACAGGAGGCAGUCCAAUCGUCAACAGACUCGUCUUACCGAUGAAGGAAAAAACACAAAAUUUAGAAGGGCCCCUGACGAACCUCAAUUAAAGAGCGAGGAAUUGGAUGCUGAAUUAAUGGCUAAACUUGAGUCAAAUGACGACGAAUUGCAAACCAGAGCCUGUUUUCAGCUACAGAGGGAUAUUAAUCGCAUAAAUGCACUAUCGAAGGGAUUAAUAUCUAGAAUUUUUUCUCGACUCCUCGAGUUUCUUGAUAGAGAUGAUUACCCGCAGCUUCAGCUUGCGGCAGCGAACGCUAUAGUAGAUAUUUUAUGUUACUCAGAUGACGACAUCAGCAUCAACACCAACAUCCUGAUUGAACAGGGCGCAGCUCCCAUUAUGGUGAGCCUUCUUAGUUCUCCCAACGAUGAACUUCGCGAAAAGGCACUUGUGGUGUUGGGAGAAAUUGCCGGUCGCUCAGCAGAUUCUCGUGACCUUAUCCUUAGAUAUGGAGUGUUAACGCUCAUAUUGGCGCAAUUUAAUGAUAAAACAAAUCUAAUCAUCAUAAGAGAGGCAACUCAGACAUUGUCAGAACUUUGUUCGGGACCGCUUCAGUUAGAGCAGGUGAAAUCUGCCAUCCUACCUCUUUCUCAGCUGAUUCAGGAACACGAUGAAACGGUCGUUAGGUUUGCAUGGAAUGCGCUAUUCAAUCUAACUUGUGGGAAAAAGGAUAUAAAACAAGCUGUGGUUGAUGCUGGUGUUUUCCCUCAUUUGGUCGAACGUUUUAAACGACAUAAAUCAUAUCGUGACCAGCAAACCAUUUAUAAUAUUAUUUCAUAUGUAGAUGAUACCCAGAUUCAGGUCAUCAUUGAUGAUGGGGUUCUUUGUUACCUGCGUGAUAAGUUGAUACUAAAUAACAAUAUCUCUGUCAUGGAAUCCACUUGUUAUAUCAUUUCAAAUAUCAUUGGACGGACUAAGGAUCAUAUUCAGGCUGUGAUUGAGGCUGGUAUUAUUUCACCUCUUCUCCUACUUCUUCAAGAUGCUGAUCUUUUUAAUGCAGCUGCUAAGGUUAUCUAUAAUGCCACGACUAAGGGAACUAAUGAGCAAAUCAAUUUCCUGGUGCACGAGGGUUGUAUAGAGCCAAUGUGUGACCUUCUAGUUAAUCCCUACGAAGCGCAUGUCAUAAAAAUCUGCUUGAAAGGCCUUGAGAACAUUCUGAAGGUUGGAGAAGCUGAGAAGAACCAAGGUAACACCGAAGAUGUGAAUUUCUUUGCUCAGAUGAUUGAAGACGCUGGGGGUCUUCAGAAAAUUAAGAGCCUAAAAACUUGUGACUACAGUAAAAUACGCCGAAUUGCCGGGAAGAUACUUGUAACAUAUUGGCAUCAAGAGGAUGAUAAUGUUGAGGACUCUGAUGAUGAUGAUGGUAGUGAGAUGAUGAGUACUGAGGAUGAGGAGGAUCAUGAUGAUGAUAACGAAUUUUUCAUUUUUUGGAUGAAUUAGGAAUCAGUAAAAUAAGAAACUCUAAAAAUGAUAAAAUCAUAUCUAAUAAAAUACUAAUGUGCUAAGCGGUCUGUAUGAGAAAGUAGUGGACCAACUUCUAAUUUAAACAAUGGAUUUACAUUGAAUGGUCAUUGUGAGUUUUUAAUAUUUUUUGACAUCUUGUUUUA